AUGUCAAACAACAUAUGGCUCAGAUUAGGAAUUACGGUUCUUUGUUGGGAUCUCGUAAGAGGAAUUGAUGCAUGUAACUCGUCAGAUUUCAGUUCACAUGGCGACUAUAUUCUGGGGGGUCUCUUUGGAAUUCAUGGAACUGACUCCACUAUUGAUACACUACACAGGUUACCGGAAGCGUUGCAGUGCAGUACACUAACAUUUCUACCAGCAGGAUACCAGCAACUCCAAGUGUUCAGGUUUACUAUAGAAGAAAUCAACAACUCCACUGACUUGCUGCCGGGCGUGAUCCUUGGCUACGAGAUCUUUGACUACUGCACAGAUUCGCUUAACUUCAGGGCUGCAUUGGACUUCCUGUCCUCAAAAGGAGUCGUUCCUUUCAUAAACAUCCCACGCAAAGUCAUUUCUGUAACUGGUCCAUUUGGAAGUCAAAAAACUUUAACCGUGGCACCACUCUUCAUGGCUAACCUAAUGCCUAUGGUCAAUCAUGGAGCCUCCAGUGUUGAGCUGAGCAAUAAAUACUUAUAUCCUUCGUUUUUCCGAACCAUUCCAAGCGAUUACUACCAAGUGCGAGCAAUUGUGCGCAUCCUGCAGUAUUUUAACUGGAACUGGAUCGCAUUUUUCGGAAGUGACAAUGCUUACUCUCAGGAUGCUCUUACUGUUUUCAUGGACGAGCUCAAGACAGCAAACAUUUGUUUGGCUUUUAAUGGGAUCCUCUCUGGUGACACCUCGAAAUACUUCGACAUGUUUGACAAGCUGAACAUCCUGAACAUCAAUGUCGUGGUGGUGUUUGCUAACAUUGAGUUUGUGAUCCCAUUUAUUGAGAAAGCCAUUGAAAAAAGAGUGCGGAAAGUAUGGAUUGCCAGUGAGACGUGGUCUUUAAAUCAGGACUUGAUGAAUGCUGACGGAAUAGAAGCUCUGGGUGUUAUUAUAGGCAUGUCCAUCCAAGGACAAGGAACUUUACUUGGGCUUGACAACUUUAUCAUCAAUACGAUGCAUCAGCAAAAUGAUACCAAAUGCCCCAGUGGAUCGCAGGUGAAGAAAACAUGCAACCAAGUUUGCUUUGAGUGCCUCAAGACAAAUCCAGAGAUCAUCACCCAUCAGGACCCAACAUUCAAUUUUGCCAUUUACUCUGCUGUGUAUGCUGUAGCUCAUGCCCUCCACAAGGUUCUUGAGUGCGGAUCCAGUUCCUGCAACAACUCAAGACCGUUUUUACCUUAUGUGCUUACUAAUGCACUAAAAGGGAUCAGCUUCACUUUAUACAAUGAAACGAUGGUAUUUGAUGAGAGCGGUAACCCACCCGCUCGGUACACAAUUGUGUACUGGGACUGGAAUUCAAGAAACUUUGUGAAAAUUGGUUCUUACUAUACAGAUCCCGAAGUCCAUUUCAUUCUUAAUGAGGAACUUAUUAAUUGGCAGGGCAACAAAUCGGCCCCGGUGCUGAGGUGUUCGAAGGAUUGUGAUGCUGGCUACAGGCGGGUCCAGACGGCCUUCCACAGCUGCUGUUUCGAUUGCGAAAUCUGCAUUGCUGGAACUUACAUCAACAGCUCAGCUGACCCUUAUACCUGCCUGCCGUGCAAAGAGGACGAAUGGUCUCAGAAUGCGAGCACAUCCUGCAACAAGUGCUUCUUACAGUACCUGUACGAAACAGAACUUUUGUCCGUCGGGCUCAUGUUUUCUGCUUCCUUUAUCAUCGGUACUUCCGUAGCCAUCGCGGUUCUCUUUGCUUACAACUACAAUACUCCUGUAGUGAGGUCCGCUGGUGGUAAAAUGUGCUUUUUUUUACUCAGCUGUUUGGCUCUGUCCUCCACCUGCGUGUUCUUUUUCAUCGGUCGGCCGGAGCACAUCGACUGCAUCAUGCGCAACCCUGCAUUUGCAGUGUUUUAUAGCGCCUGUCUGUCUUGUCUUGCAGUGCGCUCCUUCCAGAUUGUGUGCGUCUUCAAAAUGGCAACGAACUUACCAAAGGCUUAUGAGUUCUGGGUCAAGCACAACGGGCAGUGGCUCAUCAUUGUGUUAUUUGUAGUCGUGCAGUUGUUCUUGUGUACGUUAUGGAUAGCCGUCGACGGACCUAAACCCGUCCAAACUAAAGUCCAAACCCAAAUCAUGUUUGACUGCACAUUAGGAAACUCUGCUAUUUUCUACCUGAUUAUUAUAUUUUUAGGUUUGCUCAGUGUCGCCUGCUUUUCUUUUGCCUACAUGGGAACUGACCUGCCAGAAAACUACAACGAGGGAAAAUCGAUAACGUUUAGUUUGCUGAUAUUUUACAUAUCUUGGGCUGUCUUCCUGACUGUACGGCUGUCUUCCAGUGAGAAAACUACAGCCGCCGUGAAUGCCAUUUCAAUCUUAUGCAGCCUCUAUGGCAUUCUCUAUGGCUAUUUCUUUCCUAAGAGUUACAUCAUUAUUUUUAAGCCAGAAAACAACACAACUGCGUACUUUCAAACAUCAAUCCAGAGUUACACACUUCAUACCAGCAGCAUGUGA